GCAUCGAGCCCGAGUUUUGGAUAGCUUCUAGUCGGCACUCGUGACAUCGUCUUGGCCUUGCUAAAUUACAGAGGCUGUCGAAUUAUCGUUCUCUAUUAUUCAUUGUUGCACAAUCACCCUACAACCCUAAUUACUCAGAUUCACUAUUUGUUAUCUGUUUAGUAUAGGCUAACUUGCAACCUUAGCUUCGCCCAACAAUACCUUUCGCUAAAAGUGACUGGAUUACUUUUUAAUUGUAUAUUGCCGCGGGUCUAGUACUAUUGGCGCUUCCAUUCUUACUAUUCGUUUUGGUCGAAGCUAGGAUCGGGUUACAAUUGGUUGUUCUGGAUAGUGUGGAUGACGAUUGGUUCUACGACUGCUGAGCUGAAUACUUUGUGAUACCUCCCAUUUAUUGGCGUCGAAGUAGGCACCCGUGUUGCUAAAGAUUAAACACGAGGCCCAUAAUCCUCGACCGCGUUUCCGUUCGAUUCUCUUGGUCUACUUCGGCUACCAGCAUUGCAUCGACCCAGGCUUGUGGCGUGGGACCCAAGACUCGCGUAUGCAGUUCAUCUAAACGCGAACGGCCGUGAAGGAAUUGGUAACAAGGUGGACGAGUGGAAUGCAGUGAACUGAUUCGAAUCCUACGCAUCCUAUAGUGUUUGCUUAAAUGAGUCAAUCCCAAAAUGGGCGGAAUACCGGUCAAUCAUCCGGCAUGGGGGGAUCCGUUAGAAGAGCAAGGGAAAGGGCCGAGGGGGGUGCACCAAGAGGGGCUAUAUCAGCUUUUCCGGAACCUCCUUCAAUAAGACGACCUCAGGCGCCGCCGGGAAUGCAAUUCAGGGAUGGACAAGGUCAAAUAGGAAUGGCAAUAUCGAGGCCGACACCACUACAGUGGCCCCUUGCCGGGCCUAUCUCGACCCCAUCCACCGAUUCGGAACCAUACCGACCGCCACCCGGAAAGUCACAACCACCUCAGCGCCCUCCUCGUCCUAGUAGAGUACCGUCGAUAUUAGAUGGCUCUCGCAUCCAGGAGCAUACACCGGUAUUCCAAUAUACGCCUCAAAAUGCUAGAGUAUCCGAGCUCUCGGCACCUGAAACUAUUCAAAGUACAUCAUCGAGACAAUCAACUAAUUCUUCAGUUGGAUCAAUACCAGACUUCCCGUUACCUGUGGCCGCCCCUCCGUUACCGGCAGCUAGGAGAAGUGUGAAUUUGGGCCCGCCCCCCUCUUCUAGAAGGGGUGCCUCGUCAUUUUACUCCACAGCAUCAUUCGUCUCACCGAUACCCGAAGAAAGCCCUAGAACACGCUCACAUACUUCCUACGCAUCAAGCGCAGCUAUACCCGAAAGCUUUGGCAGUUUAUCGCCGGGUUAUAGUCCUCAUGCAGCCUCUGUUGACGAUACAAUAGCAGAGGAAUCCGUUAUUAGCGACGACGCGGACGAGAGCCGUCUUGUCAGAGACGCAAGUGUCGGGAAGAGAGGGAAGCCAGCACUAGUUACUACGGGAAGCUCAGAAAGGAGCGAUGCGAUGUUGCGGCCAGGGCCAAGGCCCGUCCAAGAUGGUCCGUUUCGCGAAGGCACUGGGUACCUUGAUGCUUCAUCGAGUUCAUCUGGUAACCUUUCGAGAGAAGCCGUUGGUACCGCAUUAACUGCCGACAAUAUGUUGAACGCAUUUGAGAGUGCUAGUGCUAUGGAUCCUUCGUCAAUACGAAAAGCUACGCCCUCUCCGAGGCCGAACAGAUUUUCCGCUAUUCGACGACCGCCGCGAUUGGAUAUGGACGCAGUGAGAACGGCGGAAGCUAGAGGAAGUUUGACAAGCUUACCAGACUUGAUUCGGCGUGCAACAAGAUUAGCAGCGUUGAUGGAGAGAGGGCGUAGACCAGCGAGUCGUUUUGACGAACUUGAUUUCCCGGAGGACGUCUACGGCAGGGAUCUUGAGAAGGACUACUAUGAUACGAAGCACCAGUCGGGAUUAUCUGAUAUGCUAGCAGCGUUCCCACCCCCGGCGAGCCGGAAUGGUCUGCGACAAAGCAGAGCAUCAACUGCUUGGCCAUUGGGACGGAGAUCUUUCCGUGGACCUCCAGUUGCAACGGAUCGAGCUGUCGACUCAGAACCGGAGCCCCAGAGGAAAGGCCGUCGUUGCUGCGGUUUGCCCAUAUGGACUUGCCUCGCGUUACUUAUUAUUUUGCUUUGUAUUAUAGCCGCUGCGAUUGUGGUUCCUAUCAAGUUCCUCGUGAUCGAUAAAUCCGCUCAGAAGAACGCAGAAGCACAGCCAGACACUUCAACUUGUGAGGCACAGUUGAAUUGUGCGAAUGGGGGCACAAACAUUGUCCUGCAGGGCACUUGUUCGUGCAUCUGCUCCAACGGAUUCACUGGUGCGGACUGUACGGUCCCCACCAGUCAAGGUUGCACGACGACGUCGAUCAACACAGCCGAUUCCAAUAUUAAUAACGUCACCAUCGGCCAGGCGAUACCCCGCAUCAUACGAGAUGCUCAAGCUAAUUUCUCAAUUCCUCUCAUUGCUACCGUGAUACAGUCGAAAUUCAAUAAGGAAAGCCUUUCUUGCAAUACAGAAAAUGCCUUGGUUACUUUCGAUGGACAGUCUCUGGGAACGCAAGAUGCUUCGGCCCAGGUCUUGGAUGUAGGCUCAGACUCAGAUCUCGCGCAGGCCGCCGUAGCCGCGGCCAAUGUACCGAUUACUCUGAGCGUUCUUCCAGAUGUCGACAUAACAUUGACGAUAGAGAAUCCAGCAGGAACCGGCGGAUUUUCCGGUAGUUUCUUGGUAACAACAUUGACUACUCCAACUACAUUUUCUGGCUCUACGAUAUUUGCGACAACUAUUACAGAUAGUAACUCGAAACGAUCGUCGCCUACUCAGUAUCCAACAUCAGCCCCUGCGGUGACAUCAGCAUCAACAACCAGUACUCUGAGCAGUACUAGCGCGGCACCCACGCCGACAGCAACUUUCACGGUGACCGAAGAAGUAGUCGACUUCGCGCGUGCAGCAGUCUUAUUCAUCUUUCAGCAAGAGACACUCGCCGAUGCAUCUACCGCUCAAACAUCGGUUCAGAAAUUUUUCGCCGGCGUGGAGUCUGGUCAAAAUACCACAUCUACGACAAUGGAGCAAGCAAGUAAUGUUACCGUUGGGGGAAAGAAUACGAUUGAUUUCGUGAAUCUUUUCGUAGACAUGGGUACCGGACAAAAAGUUGGGGGUCGUGCUGGCUAGGGGCGUUUCGCUAUUGAACUCGGCACAUUAUACAUUUCAAACAUCCCGAAGCGACCGGAGAGUCGCUUACGGUUAUGGACCUAUUAGGGUCAUCAACACCGAACGAAUUACUAUUUCAAUACUCUCUAAACCCGAAGAUAACCCAAAUAAAGGGUUCCGCUUUCCUGUACAAAAUAACUUAUUGAUUUUCACGCAUG